AUGUCGACUGGAAAACCCGAGGCUUGGGGGUGGAACCAUACCCUAAGCUCAAGAAGCAGAUCAUCUAGGUCCCGUUCCAGAUGCAGCAGAACUGCGUUUAUGGCUCCUCUUGAAAUGUUUAGCCACCUGAACAUUGACUUCUUACAUUUCGCGGCAAAUUCCGGCGACAAGACAUCAAGCUCUGUUAAACAUAUUGACAUCAGCAAGGGUAAUGCCUUAACGCCUACAAUCUACCCCGGCCGUAGUUCUUGGUGUUCCCAAUAUUUUGCACAUGGCCUAGGCGAUCCUUAUUUGGGGUUUGAAACUACAAGCUAUCUUAUGUUCAUGUCCUCUGAACAGUUCGGUCCCUUGUCUCCGCCAAUGCAAACCAACAUGUUUUCUGAUGCGCCCAUAGCGCUCAGCUCGCACAUGAACGAGUCAGAGAGACUUCCGCAUCGAAUGAUGCCGAUCUUCGAUAGCCUCGGCUUUUGA